UAGAAGUAGUGGUAGUGAUGAUGGUGGUGGCUCGUGGUAGCCCUCGAAAGUCCGUCAGAGCUCGAUUCAGUUUCUGAAACCGACUCGGAGUCGACAUUCGUGUAGCUCGUACCGUUAACAUGCGGAUAUUUAUUUUUCACAGCUGUUUUUUUUACUCGUCUCGAUACUUUAUAAGCGUUUAAAUUGGUUUUGGAAAAAUCAAAGGGAAGAAUUGUGUGAUAAAAAUAUUCAAAUAAUUAUUUUCUCGAGUGCGAAAUUAUAUUAUAUGUAUAUUUUUUUUGAAUAAUUUUUAUUUAUUAGUGAUGCCAUAUGGUUGGAAAAGUAACAUGUUUUUUUCGUGUGCCGUUUACUCAUUGUAAUGUUUCAAGUCCUGGUGGAUCGUAGUCAUUGUUUGUAUUUAUAUAAAUUAUUCUUUCAUUCGUUAUAAGUAAUUAUUUUUUACUUUAUUGUUUGUUGCAUGGAUCUGAAAUUUGAAUCAAUCAAAAUUUUCAAUAAUUUAAACAAUUAAUGAACAUAACAAACUGUAAUAAAUAACUUAUUGUAAAUUUUAAUUAACUACAAAUUAUUAGCUUUAGAAGUUGUUUUUUGAAACAAAGCACACUGAAACAUCAGGUUUUUACAUUACAUUCAUUUGCGGUGAACAAAAUUAAUUUGAUAAAAUAAAAUACGAAAUUAACAAACAAAAAGUGUUAAAUAAAAAGUGAAAAUAAUCCCGGUUGUUUUUUUGACACCAAAAUUCAUACAUCUUACGGAUGCGGAUAAGCUUGAGGAAAUGUGGUGAAUGAUCGUAACCCGGUGGGCACUAAUGGUAUUAUCCAUUUGUCAUUAAACUGGAAAACAGUAAGGAGUUUGGUCAACUUAGUGGAACGAGGAAACUACUGCAAAGCGGUGGAAGUUGGUAGUGAUGCCGUGAUGGGGUGCGGCUCAAGCUCGUUCUUCCUGACCACAACCCUCGUGGGCGCACUUCUCUCGAUCUUCUUGCUGCUACAGAUAUCCGUCGCGACGCGUUUACGUCAGCGUGGUUCUACCGAUUUACCUAAAGGAGGUGGAUCUAUAAAUGAAGCAGUAUUUGCUCUUCGAGAUAGGCAAGAGGGGGGCCGAAGAGGGAGAAGAACUACGACUAGUACUACUAGCACAACCACUAUAACCACGGCUGCAACAUCCAUAUCCCUUCCUGACAACGUAGCACAGCCCGCGGCAUUACUGGCUCCUGAUGAUCAGACGUGGUUCGUCGCUUCAACGUCAACACCAUCCAACUUUCCUCUUGUGAUAAAAGACACAUCAAGAUUACCACCAUUAGAAAUUGUCAUAAAACCUCAGGCUAAAAUUGUCCUACCUUGCGAAUUAGGUGGAAACUAUUCUAGAUUAUUACCAUUUGCCAGAGUAUCUUCCAGAAGUUACCGGAUGCGACCAGCAAAAUGGCUACACAAUGAUGUGCCAGUGGACAUGAUAACAAUAGACACUAGAACAGAGAUGAGCGGAACAGGUCACAGGUACAUUGGAGAUUCCUCAACAGCAGCACUUCACAUUGACAGUGCGAGACUGGAGGAUGAUGGUAUAUGGAAGUGCACUAUUGAGAAUGACCAUGAUGAGCUACUCUUUGGAAGAACAGUCAAGCUCGUCAUACUUGAGGCGCCUCGAGGGACUUAUCUGCUGAUAGAUGGUCGACGCUUGGACCCGGGAAAUCAGUUCGUACCAGUGAAGGAAGGCUCGGAACUCACUUUGGAAUGUGCUGCUGAGGGAGGCAAUCCUCCGUCGGUGCUGUCUUGGGGAAUGACUCUGUCACAAACCACAUCGGAAGGUCCUGAGCAACCACCAGACAACCUGACAGUAGUACCGUCCACUCGUGCUGGUCACAGUGGAGCACAUCUCAAAGUUCAACGUGGACAUCACAAUGCCACCAUCAUCUGUACUGCUCGACACGUCACACUCAAUGUACCCAUGAAUGCCAGUAUUCUACUUGAUGUUCAAUAUACUCCAUCAUUCGCCAUAACACGUUUACCUGGAUUUGGGAAUCCCAUUUUCGAGGGAAUGGCUGUUAGUUUGAAAUGCGAUGUAGACAGCAAUCCAUCCAGUUUACCAAUUUGGCAGUGUGACAAUGAAGCCCCACCAGUAGAACAAUCUGACGACGGCUGGUUAAACUAUACCAAGAUUAGCAGGAACGACAGUGGCUGGUACAAGUGUUACACCAGGCACACUUUGGGGGUUUUUUCAAGUAUCGGAUACUUUCUUGUUGUACGAGCGAAUCCAGACAUAGAAAUGGAAGCGGAAGCAUUAAACGGAGAGGCGACAGACUCAAGAAAGAUGGAGGUGCAAAUUGGUGGUGCAGUUACACUAGAAUGCGAUGGUGGUUGUUGGGGUCAUGGAUCAGCCAUGGAUCCAGCUGGAUCAGAACUAUUAGCUCUUAAUCGAGUAGUUUAUCAAGAUGCUGGAGAAUACCGUUGUGUUGCACCAGACAGAAAACUACAAGACACUUGGAGAGCCCAAUUGCCUUAUCACAUAAAAGUUACAGGUCGACCAAUGGUAAAUCCAACGAUGCAGACGGUGUCUGCAAAGGAAGGAGACGCUUUAGAAGUUGCUGUCGAAUUUUGUGCAGAACCGUCUUAUACCAAGCUCCUCUGGCUGUCUUCUGAGAGUGUCUACGUACCCGGAGGCAACGCCCGAGAUGAUGUUCGAGUCUUAGAAGUCGAGAAUGGUGAAAUAAAUGCUUGUUUCAAAACAACAUUACAAAUUGACGCCGUCCAAUUGUCACAUUCAGGCGAGUGGAUGCUGAUUGUUCGUUCACCUGCUGGCGUCGCUGACGCAUCUGUGUCAGUAAGCGUCACACGUACAUCUAGUUUUAGCGGUGACUGCAUCUCUAACAGUAACAUUGCAACACUGUUCCUUUGCCUGGUAUUGAUCACACUCUAUCCUCAACAGCGUUAAUUCAACACUUCUUUGUUCAUGUAACCACAAGUCUUGCUACUCUUGGCCUCGGGGAUUCAACGCUCUCUAUUUUAUUCAACCGUUUAAUUCAAUUUCGCGAAAAUCAAAUUGAUUUUAUAGGAAAUGAUACGAUUAUGGCUACAAACCUGGAAGGAAAUUAGAUGAUCUUUCGGUAAAUAACUAUAUCGUAGUUAGUUUAAGUUAUUUCAAUUAUUGACAAAGAAAAUAAAUAAUUAAAAAAUAAAAAAAAAACACUAACAUUGUUGAUCGUUUGAGAUCGGUGGAAUAUAUAAAUAAAAAUUUAUUUAUCACUGGUGUAAAUAUUUGUAUAGAUAAUUUUUACUCAAGCGAUUGCAUUUGUAUCAUUAAAUAGAUUAUAAUUGUGUAGUAAAAAUAAAUUAACAGUAAAAUUAUUAUUCAUGAGUCGUGAAAAACAGUGGAUAUGAUAAAUAUUAUCAUGAAUAAUCAUAAUUAAAUAUAUUUAAAUAUAAUGUUUAAUAAGUUGAUACAAAUAGCUUUCGUUUACAUAGAUGCUGAAGGUUAGAUUUAAAAUAUAUAUUGUUGUACAUUUAUUUGAUCAAAUGAAUUUGUAAUAUGUAUAUAGUAAAUGUAUAUUCAAGUAAAGAAGCAACGUAUAAUGUUACAGUCGCGAUAAAAUAUAAAAAUAUACAGUAUAAAACUGAUAGAAUAUAUAUUCAUGAUUUGU